AUGGCUUCUCAGCGAGUGUUCCAGCUUGGCCUGCGCCGCGCAGCUGCCCCCAGCUUCAGGAUCCAGCCGGCCGGCCGCACCAUCCAGAAGAGACUUGCCGCCACAGAAUCCGGCUCGCAGGAACUCGCCGCCGAGAUCCUGCGCAAGCAGCGCCUCAACCGCCCCGUCGCCCCGCAUCUGUCCAUCUACCGCCCGCAAAUCACCUGGAUCGCGUCGUCGUUCAACCGCAUUACCGGCAUCACGCUAUCCGGCUCGCUGUACUUGUUCGGACUCGCGUACCUCGCCGCGCCCUACACGGGAUGGCACCUCGAGACGGCGUCGAUGGUUGCGGCGGUCGCGGCGUGGCCCGUGGCCGCUAAGAUCGCGCUGAAGAGCUUCUUCGCGUUCCCCAUGUUCUUCCACUCGUUCAACGGUGUGAGGCAUUUGCUCUGGGAUAUCGGUGUUGGGUUCACCAACCAGCAGGUUAUCAGGACUGGCUGGUCGGUUGUUGGUCUCACGGCUAUUACGUCGCUGUACUACAUCUUCUUCCAGUAG